AGGUUUUUAGCCAUAAAAUGUUAACGAGUCGCUUAUGAGGGGGUCAAACUCGAGGGGACUAAAGAGAAGCAAAUUGGGUUUGCGAGCCCACUUCUGACUGAAUACCAGACCUAGACGUAUCGAAAUCGGAAACAGCACUAAAAGCUCUGCUUCUUUUCUCCAACCAACACACUUCCAAGUUAUCUUCUUUCUUCCUUCUCUUGCAGACGAGAAAAACAACCCUGUGUUGCUUGAGAAAUAGCGUGGGGAAAGAAAAUAAUUAAAAUAAAAAAAGAAAAUGAGACUUGGACUUCCAUUCACGGUACUUUAAAGCUAAAACUGGUUGAUUAUGGUUGUUGAAAGGCAGGCCUUCAGUUUAUAGAGUAGUUUCCUCAAAAAUGGUUCAGAAACUUUUUGCUUUAUCCAAAGUAGAAACAAAGAGACUGCUAUGGAUUAUGGGAUUGAUCUUUGCUAUUUUUUUAGUGUUCCAGUACUUUGAACUUCCAUACUCUACUGCUCUACCCUCCUUUUUUUCUGCUAAGAACCUUCCGGUAUUAGGAAAAAGUUAUUUGCAAAAUGGAGAUUCACUUUCCAAUGAUUCAGCUCACACUGCUACUGAAUCAACACUGGAGAGAGCUACUAAUAAUACAAGGACCUCUAAUUUUGUUUGGGAAGGAAAAGGUGGUCCAAACACAUCUUUAGGAUUAGAAGAGGAUGAUAAAGAUUCUGAGGAGUCUUCUUAUAUUAGUCUUGAAAAGAAAAACAGAACUUCAAUAUCAGGUGAUGUGGAACAUAUCGUGGAUAAUAAAUUUGAACCAGUGGAGGCCAGGGGACCAGAUCAGAACUGGAACAUAAAGUUCGAUACUUCAUAUGGUAACUCUUCAGUGGAUAGAAUUGUCAAGGAAAGUGAUAUUGUGACUUCUGAUCAUGUUGGAAGCUCAAUAGCUGGUUUUGCUUCUAGUCCUCCACCAACAAUACCCUCUAUUAAUUCAUCACAUUUUGCAUCACCAAUUGUUGUGGAUACAAGUAUUAUAACUCCCACUGAAUUGGUAGAGAAAGACACAACCACCACUUUGGAUAAAAAUGAGAAGUCUGAGCGUUUAAAUAGCGACCUCAAACAAACAGAGGAUGCUUCUUCAAUAGCCAGAGUUGCUGAGAUAAUCAGAAAGCCAAAGGUGUGGCAAAAGAAACCUCCCAUAGUGGUAUAUCCAAUAUCUAAGAUGAACAAUAUGUUGCUUCAGAGUCAAGCCUCCUACUAUUCAGUGAUACCACAGUGGUCUGCAGCAGUUGAUCAUGAACUCAAAUAUGUGGCAUCACAGAUAGAGAAUGCACCUAUAGUAAAGAAUGAUCCAAACCUUUAUGCCCCUCUUUUCCGUAAUGUUUCAAUGUUCAAAAGGAGCUAUGAGUUAAUGGAAGACAUACUUAAAGUUUACGUUUACAAGGAAGGAGAGAAACCUAUAUUACACACACCAUUACUAGAGGGAAUAUAUGCUUCCGAGGGAUGGUUCAUGAAGCAGCUUGAAGCUAGCCAAAAAUUUGUCACUAAAAACCCUCAAAAAGCCCAUUUGUUUUACUUGCCCUUUAGCUCUCGAUUGUUAAAGUUAACCUUAUAUGUACCCGAUUCACAUAGUCGUAGGAACCUCGUUGGGUACUUGAAGAACUACUUGGAAAUGGUUGCUGCAAAAUAUCCUUUCUGGAACAGAACUGAAGGAGCUGAUCAUUUUUUUGCUGCUUGCCAUGACUGGGCCCCUGCAGAAACAAAGCAACUAAUGGCCAAAUGCAUUCGAGCCCUCUGCAAUGCCGACGUGAACGAAGGUUUUGUAUUCGGCAAGGAUGUUUCUCUUCCUGAAACUUAUGUACGCUCAGCAGAAAAUCCUCUCAAAGAUGUUGGAGGCAAACCUCCUUCUAAGAGACCUAUACUUGCUUUCUUUGCUGGUCGGAUGCAUGGUUAUCUGAGGCCUAUUCUAUUACAUUACUGGGAAAACAAAGAUCCUGAUAUGAAAAUCUUUGAUAAAUUACCCAAUACUAACAAUAAGAGAAAGAAGAGAAAGGGAAUUAUUAAGAACUAUGCCCAAUACAUGAAGAACAGCAAAUAUUGCAUAUGCGCAAGAGGGUAUGAAGUAAACAGUCCACGGGUUGUGGAGGCCAUUUUCUAUGAGUGUGUUCCGGUGAUCAUAUCUGAUAAUUUUGUGCCUCCAUUUUUUGACGUUCUGAAUUGGGAAAGUUUCGCGGUAUUUGUGCUGGAGAAAGAUAUACCCAACCUGAAGAAUAUACUGGUUUCAAUCCCAGAGAAGAGAUAUAGAAAGAUGCAGAUGAUGGUGAAAAAGGUACAGAAGCAUUUUCUGUGGAAUGCUAAGCCUUUAAAAUAUGAUAUUUUUCAUAUGAUACUUCACUCUGUUUGGUUCAACAGAAUUCAUCGGAUAAGUCCCAUAAAUUGAAAACCAAGUUUUAAUUGUCGUUUUGGAUUUUUGGGGAUUGGAAAUUUGGAGUUCGUAAAAAACUAACUCCAAAUCAAUUGGUCAUAUGAUCCGCCAAACAGGACAAAUAAAGGAAAAGAGAGCAAAUUAGGACCACUGGUCCCCAUGGUUUUUCAAGCACCAAAUUAAACGGUAGAAUCAGUGUUCGUGGUUUGUGCUACAAUAACAAGGCCAUCCAUACAAAAAUUGAGUCAAUUGCUAAUAUAUGAAAUUCCAUAGCAAGGAUAAGGAUGAAUUUUUGUUUUUUAGUGAAUCUAUAAAAAGGGUUGAAAUGAUAGAAAUUGGCUUACUUUCGCAAAUUGCAAUCUGAAUAGACAUCUAUCUAUGUGUACAAUUGCAUGACAAAAAAUGAUGGUAGUUGAACCUUUGCUAUCUUGAUUAAAGCCGGAAUAGCUUAGCAAAACCAUAUGUGCGUUUAAAAUAUUGAGAUUAGAGAAUGACACAUAAAAAUGGGGAUCUGGGAAGAGUAGGGGAACAGGAAUAACUGGACGUGACGAGCGCAUUUUUAAAGGAGUGAUGACAAUGGCGUAGCACGUGAGGAUAUUUAUGAACUGUGCGUUAAUUCCGUGAAGUUCCACGUGGCGGAGGGUUGUCAUCAACGUCAAAUGGCUCUAUCACCAACGAGUAGCGACAGAUAAAUAAGGAAAUAGAGAUGGUCAUUUACUGAUAAAAAACAAAAAAGGGAAAGAGAUAAGAUCAAAUUAUUAAUACCUGGUCCCACCCGCGUUCGCUAAUUAGGGGUGGCAAUUUAUUCCGCCUUCACCGAUUUCCGUGGGAUUGAAUCCUAAUGGGGUGGGAAAAACGGCAGGGCAGUGAGAAUGCAAGAAUCUAUGCCCCGGAUCAGGAUCAGAGUCGGGACAGCGACAAAAAAUAUAU